AUGGAGGAAGAGGAAGAUACGUGUAUUAAAAAUGUGGACAAAUGUAAUGGGAUGGCUGGAAGAAGUAGAGACAUAAUUGCAAACGUGAUGAUUAACAAAAAAAAAAUCAGUAACGAUGAAAGCAAAGUAUCUGACAAGUAUUUGAAUUCUGCUGCACCAAAUCAUGAUAUAAAUUUAUUCGAAAUAUUUUGGGAUAAUAUUGGUGGCAAUUCUAAUCAAGCUGGAUUAGAAAUGGAAAAUGCUGAAGAAAAUGAUAUUGAAAGGUUUGAUGACUUGGAAGCUGAAGUCUUCUGGUUGUUGUCAGAUACGAGAAAUGGUGAUGAUGAAUCUGCAGAUAUCUGGUGUAGUAAUGGGACAUAUGAUGUCGGUUAUUGUGAUCGGAGAGAAUUGACUGGCGAUGAAGUUGGAGUCGAUAAAGAGAUUAGUUUAAUUGAUUUUGAUGAAUCCAAUCAAAUAGAUGAAAGGGAACCUAAAAGCAUGUUUGAUGCAUUUAUUAAACAAGAUUUAAUUGAUUUUUGG